UGAUAUAGUGUGAAAAUGACAAGAUGGUCCUUGUUUUUGUUUUUUUCAUUGUCUCAUAGUGAUGCCCCUCUCCCUUUCACUUCUUGUCCUCUCUAGUAAGUAACACCUUACCGCCAAAAACCCAUUACAACUUUGGUUUCACAAUUCACCUCCCACUUCCUCUUAUUACUUUUUUCUCUCUAUAUAUACUUCACUCAUAUUCCAUCAUUUAAUUCAUACUCAUAUAAUAUUCCUAUGAUUUUCAUUCUUCUUAACAAACAAGUACAACAUUUUUGUACCACUUUUCUGCCACUUCUUAUUCUUCUACUACUACUACUACUACUACUACUACUACUACUACUUGAAUUUCUAUACUUUCCUAUCAUUCUACUACUUUCAUCUCUUAUUUACCAUAUUGCCACCAAAAACACAAUGCCAUCUAGGCCAUCUCGAGUUGUUAAGGAACAACAUCCCACAAAAAAAAGUUUCCUAGACUUGGAAUCUUUAAAUGAGUUGCCCGAUUCAUUUGCAUGGGGUUCAUUUGAAGAUCCGUGUUCAAUUGAUAACCCGAGUGGUUAUGGGCCUGAUUCUGUACCCGUUAUCAAUCUUCAAGAUCCGCAAGCCCAACAACUUGUUGGGCUUGCAUGCAGAUCAUGGGGAGUCUUUCAAGUGACUAACCAUGGAAUACAAAAGAGUUUAUUGGAUGACAUUGAAGCGGCCGGUAAAAGCCUUUUCGCUUUGCCGGUUAACCAAAAGCUCAAAGCGGCCCGUUCUUCCUGUGGUGUUACGGGUUAUGGCCCCGCCCGGAUCUCAUCCUUCUUUCCCAAGAGGAUGUGGUCCGAGGGGUUCACUAUUUUGGGCUCUCCUCUUGACCAUGCUCGUCAACUUUGGCCUAAUGAUUACAACAAAUUCUGUGAUAUUAUUGAGAAAUAUCAAAAGGAAAUGAACCAAUUAGCUAAGAAGCUUAUGCAACUAAUUGUUGGUUCAUUGGGUAUAUCCAAUCAAGAUAUUAUGAAUUGGGCUGAUCUACUUGAAGGGGCAAAUGGAGCCAUGCAACUAAAUUCUUACCCGAUUUGUCCGGACCCAAACCGGGCUAUGGGCUUGGCGGCCCACACGGACUCAACCCUCCUCACGAUCCUCCACCAAAGCAAUACGACGGGGCUCCAAGUGUUUAGAGAACGGUCCGGGUGGGUCACGGUCCCACCCAUUUCGGGCGGGCUUGUUAUAAACAUAGGUGACCUAUUGCACAUUUUAUCAAAUGGGCGGUACCCGAGUGUUUAUCACCGGGCCAUGGUUAAUCGGGUCCAACAUCGUCUCUCGGUUGCCUAUCUGUACGGGCCCGCUUCCGGGGUCCGGGUCCAACCCCUCCCAAAGCUCAUUGAUGCCACACAUCCUCCUCUAUAUAGGCCGGUUACUUGGAGUGAAUAUCUAGGUAUCAAGAGUGAGCAUUUCACUAAAGCCCUCUCACUAAUUCGGAUUAAUCAUAACACUAAUCCAUCAUUAACGGGUCUAAUUGGAAAUGAUGAGCCAAAAAGCAUUAAUGUUGACUCGGAUAAGACAAUCCUUGCUGUAUUUGGUUAAUCACAUAAUGUUGGCUAAGUUAAUUAGAUUAAGAUUAGUCAUUUUGUUUCUAAUGUAACCCUUUAUGGGUUGUUGUUACUAUUAGCAUUAUUUUUUGGUUUUUGAUCAUGAGAUCCUUUUUUUCUUGUUUCAAGACUAAGUUGAUCUUGAGUCAUGAUCUCGUUGAUUUGCAAUCAAGAAUGUAAAUUAGAAAAUUUAUAAUGAAAUAAAUUGAUGGAAAGUACUCCAUAAUUUACUUUUA